AUGCGGCAGCUGGGCUGGGGGCCCGGGGCCGGGGGGAGGCAGGAGAAGGGGAUGUGGGCUGGGAUGUGGGGGCUGGAGGUCUGGGAGUGGCGUAAGGGCUGGAGACACAGCCCAGGUGUGAUGAAGGGACGAGGGGAAGGACUGGGACACUGGUGGACACCGGGUACAAGAGAGCAGAGGGGUGGCCGGAAAGUUCAUGAAGGCAGCCCGCUGGGAGAGCUUCACCGCUGCGUCCGAGAUGGUGUAAAAAUCAACGUCCAUAUCCGCACUUUCAAGGGCCUUCGUGGAGUCUGCACAGGGUUUUUGGUUGCAUUUGACAAGUUUUGGAAUAUGGCCCUGACAGAUGUAGAUGAGACAUACAGGAAACCAGUACUGGGCAAAGCUUUCUAUGUUGAACCUCAGCUUACUCUAACCAGGCUAUUUGACAGACUCAAACUGCAGGAGUCCUCAGUAAAGAAGGGAGCUGACUCAAAGACUGUCUCCGAGGAGCUCGUCCCAACAAAUGACUCUCAGACGCUUGGAUGGAAAGCUGGAUCAGGACAGGGGAGAGCAGAAGAUGAGCGUGAGAGGCAAAAACGCUUGAGCAGAGCUGGAGAGAAGAAGGUGCCAGGUGACGGUCUGCAUGCGGCUGCCCGAGGGGAAGCUGAUGUGGGUAGCGGGACUGCCCACACAGAGGGUGCCAGUGCUGGUGGUACCCAGGCAAGAAGCCAGUCUCGGAGAAAGAAGAGGCCCAAGGUGGAUUAUCAGCAGGUGUUUACACGCCACAUAAACCAGAUUUUUAUCCGAGGAGAGAAUGUCUUGCUUGUGCAUUUAGCACACUGACCGGGCUGAGCCUUGGUCAGUGUAUUUAUUUGAUAGCAUGAAUUGCCGCUGUGGUUCUCGUUGCUCUUUAGCAUUCAUGUUGAGUAUCAUGAUGCUCCGACUGGUUUCCCAUGACCGUAACAAGGUAGGGGAGAUAGUUUUAACUGGGGCAUUGUGAGCUUGUUGCAAAGCAGCCUGCUUAGG